AUGUCUGGUCAGCCCUUUAAUUUCCCCCCUCCCCCACCACCUCCUCCGAGAAGAUCCGCCCAGGACCAAGACCGACAUACGCGGGGAGCACGAGGACAAGGUCCUGGCUUUCAAAGAGGAAGAGGAGGCUUCUCCCGAGGCCGAGGCCACGGGUCGCCCCAGUCAGGUGGAAGAGGCAGACACAGUGGAGAAACAGUGAAGCAGUGGUCGUCGUCGGGGCCAUCGGUUCUUUCAGUGCCCCGAGGAUCACCUUCUACAUUUGAAAACACACGAGUUGAACAGCCUACAUCGUUCCAAAAGCGCAGCCACGAAACCGCUUUUAGUGACGGGGCACGCAAGAAUGCUCGUCCACCCGCAGCCCCCGCUGUCCCGAGUUUCACAGCCGGUCUAGCAGACCUCCUAGCAAGCAAGACAUCCCAUCCUUCACCUCAGAAGCCACAGCCAACCCCCAAGGACAAGCCCAGAAAUGCGCUGGGUCUGACACCCUCGAAAUUUGACGAAUCAGCUUCAGAGGAUGAGGAUGAUACGGAAGAAGAGACCCGGCUAGCGGAUAAUGCAGGCGCGCAUGAUCUCCAAUUUUCAUACAGAGGCCGGACUGCCGCAUUGAGAACCCCGGCAGAGAUAGCCGCCUGGAUUGCCGAGCGCAAAAGCCGCUUUCCUACCCAAGCGAAGCGCGAGGCCGCACAGAAGGAAGCUGAGGAGAAAAGGAAGAGGUGGGAAGCAGAGAAGCAAGCGCGAGCCGAAGCUUCAAAGCAGGCGCGAGAGAGACGCCAGCCAAACAGAAAGCUGGUGAAGCAGCAGAAGCCUCGUUCAGCAUGGCUGGGACCGUCGAGCACCGAGUCAUCAGCUGUUGCGGCAGCCAAACUCAACGCGGAGAGACUGCGGCGCAAGGCUCUGAAAGCACAGCGUGAUCUCGAGGCUGCGGAAAAGGCUUUGGACGGGACCGAUAGCGCGAACGGGAUUCAAAAUAUCGACGCCGGCUCCGAUGACGACUCUCUGGGCACUGUUAGUGACUCCUCAGUGCUGUCGAGCGACGCCAGCCUCUCCAGCUCCGAAUUCGAAUCCGACGAUGACAGCCCUCCGGAGCAGCAAAGCAGUAAGAGUACGGUUCUUAAUGCCUUUGUGGAGUCCAGUAUUGCUCCAGGAGCUCACAAAAAGCCCUGCUCGCGCUUCCUCAGAACCGGUACCUGUCCGUAUGGGGCUAGGUGCCGUUACUCGCAUGAUCGGUCAAGAGAUCUCAAUAGAACAUCGAAAGCGCAGCCACCUGCGAAAGCCACAAAGAAGGGCUUGUUUCAGGUCAUGGUCGAGAAAGAGCAGGAGCAAGACCAGAGAAAAGUGCUUGCGGCGAUCAUCGCCUUGGGACAACAGGGUAUACUUGCAGACCUUACUCAGAAUGGUAGAUAA